AUGGAGGACGGUAAACAGGAACAUAGCAUUUCAGAGGAGGGUGAUAUGGCACAAAGCAAGCCAAAACAGCGAGGAGUCGGCUGUAAUCCUUUUAAAAGAAGAGAUGAAAAAUAUUCCAGUGAAAAAUACGAGGUACCUUUGGUAGGUUUCGAACCCGAAGCCGCGAAGCAAAGACCCUCGUUUGUUUAUGAAGAUCCAGCUCUAGAGAGUAGUGAGGUCGUAACCCCUAUAUCACCUCAUGCUUUAAAGUUGUUUGAAGCUAUCCGAGAAGAUGAAAUGGAACUGGUUGAAGCGGAGCUUUCUACUCUAACAGAUAAGCGCGAAAUCGAUAAAUUAGGCGGACAUGGGUUUGCCCUAAUCCAUGUCGCUGCUCGGUAUAAUUUCAGCAGAAUAGUGACGACACUACUAGAUCAUGGAGCGAAUAUCAACGUGGGGACGGGUGACUAUCGAUGGACGCCUCUUCAUCUAGCAGCCAGGUGUGUUGAAACAUUUAAACGUUAUAUUCUACAUUACAUCUAUUCUAACGUUUCAGAAUCGACCCUUGAAAUUUACAUAUUGCUUACAAGAAUCACUGAAAUUAUCGCUAGCUUGCGUAAUCGAAUGUGUGCAACACGCGUGAAGAAUUUGUUUAUUGCAUUUGUUAUUUUUAGGGAAAGUUCAUUUAAUAUUGACAAGGGGGGAUGAAGAUAUUGAAACUCGAAGCUUGAAAUUUUAGCAGCCCCCCUCGCUAGCGGUUCAAUUUUUUAGGAGCCCCCUCCUUGGUAGUCGAAAAAAUUUCAGAGCCCCCCCACCUCCUCCUUCAAUUCCUUCGCUCCCCUGAAAAAAGAUUGCUAGACUGUAUUAAAUAUAUUUACCGUUAUUGUCUUCAAUGGUUUAUACUAUGACAAACUUGAGAUACAGUUGUGUUACAAUUUUCUAAAGCAUUUUUGGGAUGAACAAGAGUGUAAUAAUUACUGAGACUACAUUUGUUAUAUCUGUGAACCACGUGAUAUAGCUGAGUUGCACAGGUCAUGAAAUUGUUGAGUUGAAAACCAUCCAAUCUGUAUGAUGAAUGUGUUGGUUUGUUGGUUUUGGACCCCCCCCCUCCUAGCGCAACAAUUUUUUCAGAGCCCCCCCUUCGGGUGUCUAAAAAUUUUCGGAGCCCCCCCUCAAUAUCUUCAUCCCCCCCCUUGUCAUAUUAAAUGAACUUUCCCUUAGGAAACUAACUUUUAUUGCUUUCUUUUGAAGCUGAAGGAGAAAACAAUCCAAUAUUCCCCUCUCUCUCCUCUCAUUUGAAAUUUACGUAUUGUAUGUUGUAAAUUGACAAAUCAGAUAUUAAAAGGAAAGUCAUCACAUACUGUACUGUAACAAUUUUCGUAUUGUUUGCAAUACAUUUUUUAACCUCAAAUUAAAUUAAAAGCAUCUCGAUAUUGAUGCCUUUCUUGGAUGAAUUACGUGACUUCUCUCUUAACAAAUACACUAUCAAGUGCUUUUAUUGGAUUAAUUGAUUUGCAAAUAUUUCUAAGUUUGACGGCAAGAAAGUCUCCGCGAUUGAGUUUUGUCAGUUCUUUCACACACACAAUAUCGAUGGUAAUUUAAAUCAAAAUUUGAAGGAAGGAGGAAAGCUUUGUUACGACUGAUGUAGAAUGAAUUCGAAGCGUUAAGUGAUCAGGGCGUGACUGUGAGGCUGUGGUUUAUAGUUUUAAGUAAAGUACCCAGUUUUCUGGAAAAUUUCACCGUUGGUUGUAAAACAACCAAUCUGCCCUGAGAAAAAGACGGCGAAGACGAAUUUUAGCGUUCCCUAAAACAGUCAACCCCCCGGGGGGGGUGGGGCUCAUGAGAAUUCUUGUUGAGGGUGUGCUGCCCGGUUCUCCAAAUCCUGACCCUACUUCAGACCUAGCCUGGCCUUUAAGAAAUUAUGUCAUCACAGGUCUGGCUCCUGGUCAUCAUUACUUAGAUUAGAAUAGCAACAAAAAAAUUCUUAAACCAUUUGGAAUUCGCAUAUUUCUCUUUACACUCUUAGUUUCCUCGAAAACCAUACUCGAUUCCAGACCAAAAUGAGCCAAGUCUGUACCCGUUUUCAGACCAAACCCGUGCUAAAACCCUACCUUUUGGGGCGGCACAUACCUAUAUGGCUUAUAUAGGGGAGUACCCCCCAGGGGGGGGGCAGCCCAAGCCGGUCCCUAAACAGUGAUGGUAAACCGUUACAGCUUACAAAGAAGUUGUUAAAAAAUUAAUAUAAAUCAUUAUUAUUAUUAUUAUUAUUAUUAUUAUUAUUAUUAUUAUUAUUAUUAUUAUUAUUAUUAUUAUCUCUUUUAUCACAGUCUUUUCUGCUGUUCUCUUUGUGCAUCAGCCAGGUGCAAACCAUGCACCUAGAGUGUCAGUCACUCAAGUCAAUCAUUCUGUUCAUACACUGAGCACCUCUCUGAGGAUUCGCGCAGAUGCCAGCAUGCAGAUCUUUUGAAUCUCUGUCAUAGUAGCUCUCUCUGAUACUUUCUUGAUGUUUUCUACCAUACCCUUCUUCACUGAACCAAGCACACCAACAACCACAGGGAUCACUACGGUUUUCAUAUGCCACAUUCUCUGUAUUUCUAGUUCUAGGUCUUUGUACUUGCUUUUUUUUUCAGUUUCCUUCAGUGCGAUGUUUCUAUCUGAUGGAACAGUCAUAUCAAUCAGUUUGCAGGUGGAAUUCACUGAAUCUUUAAGGAUGAUGUCUGGUCUGUUCGCUAGUUCUAUCAGUAUUGACUGGCAUGUCCCACAUGAUGGUGAUGUUGUUAUCUUUAUUGUGCAUCACGGUCUCAGGCUCGUGUUCGUACCAUUUGUCUGUAAUCUCUAUAUCGUGAUCUAUACAGAUGCUCCAAUGGAGAUAUGCUGCAGCAUUAUUGUGCCUGGAGAUGUACUCUGUUUUGGCUAAUACCUCACAUCCAGAUACAAUAUGGUCCACCAUCUCUUCAUGUUGCGAACACAUUCUGCAUUUGCUCUCCACUUGCUGGCCACAUAUUACUUUCUGGUUGUUUCUGGUGUUUAUUGCCUGGUCUUGAGCUGCUACAAGUAGUCCCUCUGUUUCUCCUUUCAAAUUAUUUGACAACCAUUUGUUGGGGAUGACUGUGUCUACAUGAGGCUUCCCUAGGAUCUUUGGAUACUGGCCAUUCAAUGCUUUGUUUUUCCACUUUUUUAUUGUAAUACAAGAACAUGACUUCAAUGUAAUCCUCUCGUGUCCAUUUCUGUCUGGUGUUUCUUCUAUCUGUGUUGGUACCUGCUCGUUCUGGUGUGGAAGGACCCUGUUGGGAGAGACUCUGAGAUGGGUUGGCCGCCACUGCAGGUUGAGAGGGUAGAUCAGUAGACAACUUUUUGACCUCAGCCCCUGACCACUCACUGAGGGACGCGCUCCUUGAUGACCCGCGCGACGAGCGAUGCGGUAUGAAUUCCUUACAUUUCUACUACUCAUAUUGGUGAAGAUGCUAUUUGACCCAUAGCUGGAGAGAGGCUAUCCCGCGCCAGAUCUCAACUUGGUAUUUCUAACCCUCUCGGGUUUAUUAUUAUUAUUAUUAUUAUGAAUGAAUAGUUUUUUCUUUUUUUCAGGCGAAUUAAUUGUAAAUAGGGUUUUAAUAAUUAGCAUUGUUGUCAAUAAAAUUUUUUCAUUAUUUUACAUUAGUAUUAUUAUUAUUAUUAUGAUUAUUAUUAUUAUUAUUAUUAUUAUUAUUAUUAUUAUCAUUAUUAUUAUAGUAUUAGGAUGGGUAAUCAAAUGGUGACCAGUGGAAUUAAUGAAUAAUUUCACGCGUGAUUUGUCCUAAAGGCUAGGGAAAUUAUUGCCCCCGAAGGGUCCCGGACCGUAAAUCCCCCCGCGUAGAGAAGUAUCGUUUUUUACAUUGUAUUGGUAAUAGAGGAAUUAAAUUAACUGCAAAAACCGUGGGCGAAGAUCCUGCUAGUUAAAAACAUUGGAUCGCCAGAAAGAGAUCUAAUCAGCCAAAAUAUUAAGAACCUAAAACGAGAAGUCCAAAGACUCCUGCGAUGCUGAUCAGAACGACUUGUUUUGUUUUUUCAUAACAAUAUUUCGGCUCACCGUACCAGCGUUCUUCAGGCUUACAGAUGUUACUGCACUUAUGAUAGGAAUGUGUUAAAAGUUAUACUUUUUAAGCUACAGGUGAAACACGCUCCAUCAUUUCACACAUCACUUGUAACACUGAAAACGUGAUCUACAUGGCUCAAUGUAACCGUUGUAAUUUACAAUGUAUAGGUGAAACUAAGUAACGCAUCAAAGACAGAUUUAACGAACACAGACGUGCAGUCCACAAAACUAACAUUAAUUCUAAACCCACUACUGUUUCUCAACACUUUCUCUCUCACUCUAACCAUUCUCAUACUGACAUGAAGUUAAUCCCACUAGAGAAAAUUCAUUCUUCACGUGACUCAGUUCGUGAGGCUAGGGAGUCGCAUUUGAUAGAUAAGGCCAUGACUCUUGAACCUAAUGGCCUAAACCACCGUGACGAAUUACUAUAUAAUAUUGUGUUUCUUAUCAUAAGUUCAGUAACAUCUGCAAACCUGAAGAAGGUUGGUAUGGCCAGCCGAAAUAUUGUUAUGAAAAAACAAUACAUGUUGUUCUGAUCAGCUUUGCAGUAGUCUUUGGACUUCUCGUUUUUGGUUAUUAGUAAUAUGUAAAUCUUCUCGAUUUGAAGAAACUAUGCGCGCAAGGUGGUCCCGGUUUAUUUUUCAGCAAGCGCGCGAAGUGGUCUUGGCUACUUCUGUUCUGCAAGCGCGCAAGGUGGUAUCGGCAAAUUCUGGAAACACGUCGUUGACUGGUCAGCAUUAGAUUCCAUCCUCCAGAACCACCUUCCCCUUUUAGCUACACUUACAUAAAAUCUCCAAGUCUCUUAAAAUUUCUACUCUUCUAAUCUUUUGGGGGAUCCAAAUGUAAAUUUGUUUAAUUUUAUGCUUCUCCUGGUCGAUUAUGGUUACGUUUUGUGUUUUACUGCGAACGAGCUCCAGCAAAACUCAAAUGUUUUGUUUAAAGAAUAAUAUAUUCCAGGAAUAUUGACGGAUUCAUCACGUUCACGACCCCGUUUACAUUUGACCUUUGUGGCCUUUUUUCUUUUGUCUGUCAUUAGUGAACAAUGGAUAAAACAAUAUAAAUACUAAGUCGACGAAUCAGAGCUCGUCAAGAAAUUCUUGGAGGCGUCGAAGGCCUUCGGCCUGACCAUCAGCCUCAGUAAGACCGAGGUACUGUACCAGCCUGCUCCAAACACCACACCCGUGGAGCCAAACAUCAGCAUCGAUGACACUCCGCUGGCAAAUGUCGACAGCUUCAACUACCUGGCCUGGACAGCAUCAUCUUAAACGACGGAUUCCUGGAUAAAGAAGUCACGUCUAGGAUCAGCAAAGUAAGCCAAGCGCUAGGGAGGCUGCGCGCAAAGGUUCUCAAUCACCAUUACAUUUGCCUCUCUACGAAGCGGAAAGUCUACAGAGCUAUAGUCUUGACCGCUCUGCUUUGUGAAUGCGAGACUUGGACACUAAACCGAAGGCGUGUCAAACAGAUGGAGAACUUUCACUUGCGGGCCCUCCGUUCCAUACUUGGCAUGCGUUGGCAAGACCGUAUCACAAACCUAGAGCAUUCUCUGCGGACAUCACAGCAACGGAGCUCCAAUGCCCCACCUGCUCCUGCAGACUCUGCGCUUCCAGACUGGGUUUGCAGAGCCACCAGAGAAUCCAUGGAUGAUCACACAACACGCAAUCCACAACAGACAGUCUUCUUCGGACAAGAUGGACAACCACCAAACAAGCACGUUUAAAAGACGAGUUCUUUCGAAAUUUGCGCCACAUUUUAUGGUCCGCACUUCUUUCACUAGCAAAAGAAAAUAAGUGUUGUGACCUCUCUAGAACUACAAUGUAAACGCAACUAAAUCACACGUGUCCAAGAACACGUAUCGGGAAUAAUGGUGUACAUAUUUCUAUAUUUUGUUUGAUUAGCUCUUUUAGGCACUUAAUAGAGUGGUAUUAUUCAAGCUACUGAUUUAACCAAGUCCUCUUGUUUGUCUUAGAUUCAAUGGUCUCUCCACUGUUGUCGAUGUUCUUCUGCCACGAGGCGGUGAUCCCUCGCUGAGAGGGAAAAGUGGGAACACCCCACUUCACUUAGCGGCGCGUGGAGGACAUGAAGAGAUCGUUAAAGUUCUUUUGGAUCAACCGUCCGUUGAGGUUGACGCUAAAGAUAAUUCUGGAAAAACUGCUCUUCAUUUUGCCUGCAGCGAAGGUCACAGAAAGGUUUGUCAAAUCUUGUUGAACUUCGGAGCGGACAUAAAAGCGAUUUCAGCGGACAAGACAACUCCGCUUCACAGUGCCAUUUUCAAUGGACAUUCAGAGGUUGCGAUGAUGAUUUUGAAGCGAGGUUAGAGGUUAUUGAUUUAACAGUAAUUGCAGUGAUUCCUUCGGAGUGUAAAGAGUCCUUGUUUAUUUAUUUAUUUAUUUAUUAUUUAUCGAACGAUACCCUGUGGGUCAUUAAAUUUAGGUCUUCCUAACGAGUUAGUCAUAUAAAUCUGGAAGCGUCUCACUGUAAUGCAAGUCCUCUGUGAAAUUCUGGUGAUGACAGAUAAAUGCUGACUGCUAAUUUGCUGGAUAGCACACAUUUCACUUAAACGUUCAAAUAUGCACUACUAAAAACUUUAUGGAGACAUUCCCUGAUCGUAUCAACCUGCUUAUCUGGCGGUAAGUGAAUAGGUUGGUGCUUUAACCGCCGCGCGUACACGGUAGCUAGCUGCGACGUUUUUCGUCUGCUGCGGGAUCUUAGUUUGACUCGUCCCUCGCUGCUCGCUGCUUUAUACCCCAAACAAAAACAGCAACAGCACUCAUAGAAAGAAGUCGUAGCGCAGAUAAAUCCCGCCACCUACCUAGGCUAGUGUAAACAUAGUGAGAUUGAAGAGAGCACAGAGCCUGGGGACUAGACUCCUAAAAGUCGUCUUUGGUCGUAAUAAUGGGCUGAUCGUAUGGUGAAGGUGUACUGUGUAAGUGAAUUCUCCUCUUAACUGUCAUUGUUUUUGUACUUUACAGCUGCCGACAGAGAUGUAGAUACUAACGAGAAAGAACUUGUGGGAACUUGUGACUUACAGGACACCACAGUCUUGCACAUGGCCGCAUGGAAUAAUGACGUCAAGACUGCUGAGUUAUGCCUUGAGAAAGGCGCUGAUGUCGACUAUCUUAAGUGUGGCUCGGUCACUGCCCUUCACAUAGCGGCAAUGAAAGGAAAUCUUGAGGUGGCGGAUUUGCUUAUUUCAAGAGGUGCUGAUGUGAACAAGAAAGACGGGAACUCCAAAACACCUCUCCACAGGUUAAUUCAAUUUGCAUUGAAUAAAGAUUGUUCAGACUAAGCAAUACUGAGUACUUUAAGUGUUGAAUGAACGUUCCAUAGAAUUUUGCCCAUAGUCUAGAAAAAUAGCAAAAAAAAGGCUAAACUAGAAGAAUUUUGGUGGUAACGUUGUAGGUGACCUAAAUGUUUGUCAGGUAGUCGCACGUGAAACAAAUCGAACAAACGCAAAUUUUCGUUCUAGGUCUCAACAAAAAUGAUUAUUUAAUCAGUGAAGAACAUUCUUGUUUCCAGAUUCAUGUCGGUUAAUUCGCAAAUCAAUAUUCCCGGCAUGACAAUACUAAUGUUCUAGUUUUGCAGGACCUUAAAAGUAUCUCCAUGUUGUCUUCUUAAUUACCAGUCUGGAACUGAAAAAGAAAAAAAAAACAGCGUUUCGUAAAUUUUAUGCUUCAAUCACUUAACUAACCCUUUGCUUAUCGUUUCCAUGUAGGGCCGCUAUGUUUAACCAGUUAAACCUUAUUGAAUUUCUUGUGGAAAAGGAGGCAAAAAUUAAUGCUCGUGACAGUGAAGGUCGUUCUCCUUUCUUGAAUGCUGUUGCUGCUGGGCACGUGGACUGCGCCCGAGUUCUUCUCAAAAUUGGAGCUGAUUUGAGCGCAGCGGACUUGCAUAUGAAAACCUGUCUUCAUAUUGCAGUAGAGAACGAGCACUUAGAGAUGCUAUCAAUGCUUUUGGAAAGUCGUGCGGGGGUAAGCUGUUUAAACAGAGGAGAUUUGAAGGAUAGAGUUCCUCUGCACUACGCGGCGAAGACAAGAGACAUCAAGGUAACGUUGGAACGGAACUGUUAGAAAGCAAUUCAACAGCACUUUUUUAUCACCGCCAGAGAACUUGACAUAACGGCACCUUUACAUAGAAGUGACUAUAAUAAAGUGGAACCUCUAUAAAAGGGCGUUCUAUAAGCCACCACCAUUUUCCUCUCUUUUUACCAGAGUCUAGGCGGAGAAAAGUUUCAGUAAAUCACCGUAAACAGUACCUCUAUAAAGCAGCCACCUGUUCUUUCUUCGAGGCUAACCGCUUAAUAGAGAUAUCUUUAAUAGAGGUCCGCCGUACUGUAUUUAAGGCAGAACGUGAAAUUCGUUCGAAAGAAUACUUUUCCCGGCUAACUGGUUAAUGAAUCGCAAGUCAUAGCUAUUUUCCAAAUGUACACCUUCCCAACAUCAGGGAAGGUAGUCUGGUAGUCUGACUCUCUCAUGUUUGCAAAUGGUGGUGGCGGACGGGAAUGCCAUUUAUGUGAUAGGGAGCCUACAUCAGUCAGUUUUUUUCUAGGACAGACAUUCUUAGGCAUAGACCAUCUUUACAGCUGUACACUUCAGGGAGGUGUCCAUUGAGAAAGAGUUGACUGUAUUUUAAAACAGUCGAACUCACUCUAUAUUAGGCGUUUUGUGUUGAGUGAUGUACUGACAAGUUUGUCCGUCGAUACUCUAGGAACUUACCGAUAGAUGGCAGCUUGACCCUUUAAGCUCCAGUAUCUCUGCACUUUUCUUUAUACAUUCUUGCGGUACUGCUCGAGAAAAUUUCUUCAAACAUCAAGACAUUUCAUCUCGGGACCUGUAGUGUUGUUGUUGGGAGAAAUUGGUAGCUGUUCACUAUUGGAGCUUAAAGAAUUAAUGACAGGCCGCUUAAUAGAGAUUCGGCUGUAAAUGCAUUAAAAACAAUAAAUGACACUGACUCUGGCAUACGGAUUCAUGUUUGUAGAUUUUAGAGCUCAUCUUAUCCAAGCAGAAGCGCUUGGGCUUCAAUGAUGAGAGUAACAAGACACCGCUUCACCUUGCAGCAGAAAAGGCCUCAUCCAAACACGUCGAAGCUCUGGCAAAGCGCAUGUCUGAAGUAAAUGCGCGAGACGAUCUUGGCCGAACGCCAUUGCACAGCGCUGCAAGGAAAGGGCAGAGGCAAGAGAUAUAUUCUAGAAUAUUCUCAUUUUUCUUCACAGUUAUCGCUGUUUUUCCAUUAUGGGUGAAAGUGAUCUUUGCUACUUGUUUGUAUGCAGAGUGGACCGUAGAUCAAAGAUGUCCUCACAGCAAGCCAUAGUGUCGUAAAACUUGGAAACUCGAACCUCAAAAAUUUUGUGCGACUAUUAAGUCGUCCUUUUGUUUUGAAAGAAUGAUUAAAAUCGAUCACGAUUACUCGAAUAGAUAAAUUUUAUGUUUUGAUUGCCUCCUGAAAUACCACGUAAGAUUGCUUUUAUCCCAUCAAUCCUAAAGCGCUUGAAAAGAUGGCGGGUAUCGUGAAUAAGGUUUAUUCCGUGAGACAAUUACCAUUUCCAUCUUUCCUUUAUUCUAUUCACCAUUGGCAUAUCCUCCAUUAUGCACUUUGCUUAACCCCCCCGGCCAAAAAAGCAUAAACUUUGCUUUUCAUUUAUGGACUUCCUUUUUUUAAGCGGGGGGGCGGGGAGGAGAGAGCAAGGUGUGCUAUGGGAGAUUGCAAGUGGCGAAUAAGGGAAUCCAAGACGGUUUUACAAAGCUACCUGCAUUUUGCAUUUGUUUUCCUUUGUAAUAGGAAAUCCUGUCUGGUACUUCUUAGCAUGGGAGCUGAGGUCGACAGCAGGGAUAACAAGUUUCGAACACCUCUGAUGUGGGCUUCUCAGGGAAACCACACAAAAUGUGCCGAUGUUCUUCUUGACUCCAAAGCUUGUGCUGACCUACAGGAUGUCGGUGGUGAUACUGCUUUGCAUGUAGCGUGUGGUCAGGGUCAUCCAGCUAUUGUGACUUUACUGUUGGACCAUGGUGCAUCCUCAACAUUGAGAAAUAAGCAAGGUCUUGCUUGUUUGGAAGUUGCCGCGAAAGCAGGAUCGUGUGAUGCCGCCAUGGCGAUUGCCAAACACGAAAGGUUAGCAGAGUAAUUUUCACUCAGUAAUAAUUAGCUUAAACCAACACGAUAACAAUAACGUUACUACAAAUUGCAAAUAUAUUAUCCCACCGUUAAUUUUGUAAUACCUGCUUGAAACCCCACCUCUCCCCACACCCCAAACAAACAAAGAAAUGGGUUUGAAGCCCACGAAGACUCGUUAUAACUUAACAGAUGGUAAUCCAAAGGAGUUUUCGAAAGGACAAUAAAGUAAUUGGAAAUACACGACACAGACAAGGAUCGCUAUUUUCAUUUUCAAUUCCUGAAAUAAAAUUGGUUGGUUUUUCGUCUCUCGAUGAAAAGAAGCGACCUACGUUCUUUGCGUCAGUAUACAGAUAGAAAAUCAUGUUUGCCAAGUCUGGACCGUUGGAGAGUCCACGUUAUGUAACACUCCUAAUUAAACAAUUUAUAAUGUUUUUUAUGAAUACUUCAUAAUAUAUUGUGUGUGGGGAGAUGUCGAAUGUCAAGUCAUUUUAUUUGUUUUUACCUGCAACUUUUUAAGGUGGAAGGAACUUGAGCAAUAUCAAACAUCAAACGGUAAAACCGCAAUCUCACUCCUGGUUGAAAACUUCCCUGGAGCAGCUGAAGUUGUUCUUAAUCAGUGCGUACGUUGCUCGGACCAUCUCAACCCAGCCGACCCAGACUACGCUGUAACUUAUGACUUCAAGCACCUAGAUCCUGGUCCAGAUGCUGACAUGUCGAGUGGAAGGUUUUCUACAGUUCAGGUGAUGAUAAAGCACAAGCGUGAACGACUUCUUCUACAUCCUCUUACGCUGAAAUUUAAUGAACGAAAGUGGCAGAGUUUAGGAAGAUAUGUCUUCUUGUUCGACCUUGUCACUUAUCUCUUGCUUAUGGCGCUCUUUACUGAAUUUAUUGUCCGUCAAAGGAGAGGCCAGACCUUCAAACCCCCGGAGCGUGUGCCACCAAAGCGCAAUGGCACUCGAGGAGUUCUCAUCAAGCAAAAACCCUCAGAUAUUUACAAUAGAGACGACGCCUUCACAGAGACCAUUCCGUUUGUGAUCUUGAUUUUCUCCCUGCUGCACAUAUGCAAAGAACUGUUGCAAAUCUACGUUCAGCGUUGGAACUACUUCAAGGACCUGUCUAAUUACCUGGACUGGACCCUUUAUAUCACUACAGCAUUGUUUAUGGUCCCCUAUGUCACAAAUCCAGCCGACCUCGACGAUUGGUUUGGCCGUAUGCAGGAUCCCCGAGUACUUUGGAAUAUUGGAGUUCUUGCAAUCUUCGUGUGCUACACCAACAUGAUGCUGUUUCUCAGAAGAUAUCGCUUGUUUGGCACUUACAUCUCAAUGUAUAUUGAAGUGACGAAGACUGUAUUCCAAGUUAUGGUUGUGUUUAUUUUUCUGGUUCUGGGAUUUGCAUUGGCUUUUUACGUCCUCUUUAAAGAACAGGUAAGUUAGUUCUCAGGUAUUGUUGGGUAAUCAGUUAAUCUUGCGAGAAAAAACAAGAAUUGUGUUAUUAGUUGAUUUAACCCUAAAGAAAAGAUAAGAAAGAAACCAUGAAUUUUGGGAUCGAGAAAACUGUCCCUUUUCCUUAAUAGAGAUUUCUCUUCAAUAGAGCUUGAUACAGAAGCAGAUACAAAGAUUACAUGAACAUUUUCCGGGACCAAAUUUUGGUAUUCUCUGAAUGGAGGUGUCUCACAGGGGAGGUUCCACUGUAUCAAUCAUAUCCAGGAAGACUAUUAGCAAGAUGACGUCAAUUCAGUUCAACUACGUACUAGUAUCCUUUGCUUUGAAGGAUCCGAACUCCCAAAGGUUCUCUUGUUAGAAAAAUAAAUAAUAAGUAAUUAAAAACAAUAAUAAUUGUUAUAAUUACUGUUGAUCGAAGAGCAUUAUGACAGUUACGAAAACGUUUCUCGUUGGAACUGGUGCGGGGCCAGUGUAUGCCCUAUUUAGCCCUCUCGAGGAUAUUUAUAGCUUCAAAUAACCAAAGGUGCUAGAAACACUACGGUCUUGAACACGCUUCACCUCCAAAACAAGAACCUUUUUUCUCCAUUUUUGAUUUCCUCUGUCAGUUGCUGCCUUAAUGUAGGGAGAACCAGAAAAUCGCGUUUUGUUGCCUGGCGAAAACGCAUCGAAACCGGUGCCUUGACUUUUUAAUCUUACCAAUCAUUUCAGGCAACCUGUGACGAUGUUUGGCUCUCCCCUACUUCAAGGUAGUAACACAGUAAGCAGUAGAAGUCUUUUUUUUUCAACGAACGCUGCUCAUUGCACUAAAUUGCCAAGAGUCGACUAAUGCUGUAGCUCCACUGUUAGUAUGCACGUAUAUGUAAACUGCAUGAAACCCAAUUCGAGCGAGCGCUCGAAACGUUAGCUUGUGAAUCAAGUCUAAACUGUGGCCGAUUUGGUUUAUCUGCUCAGUUGGUAAAACCGCAUUUUAUCUCACCAUUAUAAUUCAGAUUGGAUUCCAUACAGUGCAUCAUUCCCUGCUCCGCGUGCUCGUGAUGAUGAUUGGUGAACUGGACUUUGGAUCAACCUUCAUAAGCACCAUUCGCCAGAGGAGUGAAGCGAACAACAAUCCGUUGAAUCCAUUCCCUCCUUUUGGAUUUUUCUUCCUUUUUUUGUGCUUGUUUUUCCUUACUAUCGCUCUGAUGAACCUUUUGGUAAGAAACUAGUUUGAUAUGUAUUUUUAACAGCUGAAAGAAUAGGCUGAGAAAACAGCCAACGUUUCUCGACGCCACCACUGGUUUCCCCGCGAAAUGACGUCUGAGAAACGAGUACGGAAAUUCCAUACUGAUGACCUGUCACUACCCUGAUCUGGGUAGUGCUUCUAAUUGGUUGAAGCAGAUUUCCCUCGUUGCACGACCAAUCAGAAGCACUGACUAGAUCUGGGAAGUAAAACGUCAUUAGUAUGGAAUUUCUGCGCUCUUUCCUCAGACAUCAUUUCGCAGGGAAACCAGCCGUGGCGUCAGGAAAUUUCGCAGGCUGUUUUCUGAGGCUGUUGAACAGCCGCCUGUCGUAGUUUUCUGCGCAUAUGUGGGAUUUUGCGUUUUAAGUCAACAGAAAAAUUUUCAAACUUGACUUUGGCAAGAAAAAAUACUUUUCCAGCUGGUGUCGAUUUCCGUAGAACUGUGUAAGAUAUGUGAAAUUUGUCGGAGAAAUCACAGGUCAUUUGUAAAGGUUCCGCACAGGACUCUCUGUGUCUUCUCAGUCUAAAUCUAAAUGUGGUUUAGUCGGCAACAUCCACGAGGGACAUCACGCCCAACUGCCAAACACUUGGGAUUGCAGAAUAAAUUUAUUAAUGAAGGUAUGAUCCUCACAGUGGUAAUAGACCUUUUCACCGAUACGGCGGCCAAAUUGAAUUAAUUCGAUUUAAGGAGUAUUAUAGGAUGCCCAGGGGGCAUGAGCACAUUUCGUUUGUAUUUUCGAGCGCUUUUCGGGACAUUUUUUCUUAAAGUUUUCUUAGAAUAAGAUUGUAAUGGGAAAAAAGAUCCUUGUGCCGUGUUUGGAUGUAAUAAUGAUCGCCUUUUUCUGGUUUAGUAUUAGAAAUAUGGUGUUUCACUGUAUAUUCCUCGGGAAAAGGCGAUCAUUAUUACAUCAAAACACGGCACAAGGAUCUUUUUUCCACUUACAAUUUUAUUCUAAGAAAACUUUAAGUAAAAAUGUUCUGAAAAGCGCUCGAAAAUACAAACGAAAUGUGCUCAUACCCCCUGGGCAUCCUAUAAUACUCUUUAAAUCGAAUUAAUUCAAUAUGGCCGCCGUAUCGGUAAAAAGGUCUGUUGUAAUUUAAGCAAUUGUAAAUAAACCCGAAAAAAAAUGUCGGGACUUCAACGGGAUUCCAACCCACGGCCUCUGCGUUAGCGCUGCAAUGCUCUACCAUUUGAGCUAUGAAGGCCUUCCACAAGGAGCAGGUCAAUUUGUUGAGUUCAUCUUUACCGUGAAAGGAGUGAAAUAUGAAAAAGAUGUAAGCAGCUGACACCGAAAUACCAAUUUUAAAAGAGGAUAUGAUCGUCGCAGUGGUAAUUGCAAUUACCACUUGUUGGGCAUUACAAGUUGGUUAUUUCCUUGAAACAGCUCGCUCAAGACGGUGUUAGUUAAAGCCGUAAAAGUGCAUUUUAAUGAGAGCCAAAAGAAGCUUUGCGACUACUUCGUACUCUUGUACCGCUAUUUCAAAAAAAACAUUUUAAUAAAGAAAAAACGAAAUAGCCGCAUUUACUGGAACGUUAUAGCCACGGCGCUCAGUUACCCUUAAAGGUUCUCCGAUGUAGCUCGUUUUCGAAGAUGGUGACGUGGGGUUUGCCGAGCAAAAUUCGCUGCGUUCAACAGUUCUUAAUCACAUGUAAUGGGCGGUUGGUAUCAGUGGUCCAAGAAUUAAAAAAUGUUGGGCGCAUGACGUUUUUUUUUUUUCAAAUUUGGCUAGUGCUACUAUUUCAUAACAAGUUAAGCCAAUCAGAAACGGAGAAAUCAUUAUUUUUUGUGACCGAGUCAGACGAUAUACGAAGUUUGCUUUUACAAAUCUUUAUUUUAUAGUACCGUACAAUUUUCCUGUAGGUUGGUCUGGCAGUGGGAGACACCGAGACAAUGAAGAAAUAUGCCACGAUCAAGAGACUUGGGAUGCAACUAGAAUACCAGUUUGAAAUAGAGGAGGCGUAUCCCAAAUACAUCAUCCGAAAGGUUUACGAAAGGGUUUAUGUAGAGAAGCCCAACAAGCUGCCCAGAGUCAAUAGGUAUACCUCAUUUUGACCAAAUCGUAGUAAAGCCUGGUUUUCACCAGCGCAUAAGCAUAAGCACAAGCACAUGCGUAAGCAAGUGAAAACUGGAUCGACAUAAGCAUAAGCACAAGAUAAACGUUCAAGUUCGUUAUUCUUGUGCUUGUACUUAUGUUUAUCUGGUAGCUUUGACUAGUGAAAACUGGGUCGACAUAAGCACAAGAAUAAGCACAAGGCCGUGGGCCAAUCAUAGGUCACUUUGACCCAGACCUCAUGCGAACAUAUCAAAAGCAAUAUGGCGGACGCUUCGUCCGCCAUCUCGUUUAUCAUUGGGUUGAGGAGAGCUGGUAUCGAGAAUUGAGUCAAAUAUGCUAUUCUGCGCGUGCGCAUGUCCUUGUGAAAACCAGGCUUGAAAAAUCGUGUGUGUGUAUGCUCACAUAGAGAAUUCGUUCGUGGAACACUCAUUUAGCUGUCACUACAAGUUUCCAGUCAGUUGUCCUUUUUAUUACGUGUAUUCUAAAUAUCGGUUAUCACGAAGUAGCUUUAGAUAUUUUCAUGCAUUUUGCCUAUAGAUUAAGUGUGACCACGAAAUGGCUUUGGUUGCCAGGAGUCGCUGGGAUACAAAGGCUUUGCCCCGCCUAAUAUUUGUAUUAGCCAUUACUGCCCUGUUGAUCAGUUUUCUUGCUGAGGAUAGGGUUACCGGAAAUUGGAAUUCCCAUAUUGGUGCUAACAUUUAAUUGAAAGGAAAAUACAUUGUAACUUAUUUUACUCCUCAGAAUAAUAGAUUGGCUCCAUGCAAGGUUUGCUGAAGCAGCUCCAGAACCGGUCGAAGAGGGUCAAACAUCUGAAUUUGCUGAACUAAAAGAAGAGAUGUUAAAAAACAAGAAGAGGAUCAAAUCUAUGAUGGCCAUGUUGGAGGCCCAAAACAAUCUACUCAAGAACCUUGCAGCUGUCGUCGACCCCAAAUUUACGGUUCGGGAAGAUGUUGACGGUGUGAGGGGUGCAGCGCGGGCAUCGCUUGAAGGCGUCAUAGAAAGCGAAAUGCCAAAGUAACAUUUAAGCGUCUACUUUACAAGAGGGUAAAAGCUCAUGGAUGCUGCCUUUGAAAGUGUGUUGUGUUAAAUUCUUUAGUUGACAAAAAAAGCACGUGCAAGUCUAUAGCUUACGUUUCAUUCAGCAUUCAUAGCAGUGCUUUUGCAAGGAUUAAAUGUCUAAUGCAUUUUUUGUAAAGGUAACCAGACAAUAAUGAAGCGAAGCUAAAUAUAAAUGGUUUUCUCCGCACCUACACCAGUGCUUUUGGCAGCGUCGUAAUUAACCACUCACAUGAUUUUGUUAAGAUACCAACAAACAGGAAUACACACGUUUUAGUGACAAGAUUUCCUGAUUUUUCUUGGCCACCUGGCGCCAUGGAAUUUUGGAGAGACCCAGUAGUUUGAUUUUGUGCAGUUGUCACAGACACGAGCACGUAACAUAACCUUAUCGAAACUAGAGUGGAAAUAUACGGAGAAAUGUUCUGUUGUUAUUGUAACACAAUUCAGCCCUCUAACCGUGGGCUCUUGGACUCUCCAGAUUUAGAUUCAGUGGCUCCCUUGUUGACGCCCUUGGAGAUGAGGGCGUUGACCUUUAUGGUUAAACAAAGCCUUUCCGUAGGACCUUCGCAUAGCUCUUAUUAGUUUGUACUACUUUGCACAAUAAAAUCGCUUGAGUUUUACAAAGUUUAUCGAAAUGUGCGUUGAAAAGGCUACGAAAAACGCACAACGCAUAUUUAACUCAAUGGAUCAUUUGCGUUGCACAGUAUUUUUAAAUUAAAAUCGGGCCUUCUUGAUUUUAUUUUUUGAUUCGGAACUGUUGGCGCACAUAGCUUUUGAUCCUGGACUUGACCAGGUUUAUCCAUGCUAGUACAUACAUGGCUUGGUAAUCAAUUAAGCUUCGUUAACUGUCAAGGCGUCUGCCUGAAGAGGCAACAGUAAAUAAACAUGGAAGUGAAAAAAACAGUGUUCUUUAAUUAUGUGGUUGAUUGUUUAUGUACAAAACUAGAUUAAAUCGCUCCAAUUGUUCUACAAAAAUACAAACUCUCAAUGCAUUACCAUGCAAAGUUAGCAUCUUAUACAACGCAAAGCAUAUUGUACAGAUACAUAAUAUUGCUCUUCUUAGAAGCUGUGAAGCAGUACCUCUGCGUUACUUUCCAAAGACUAACACCACUCAUUGUCUUACGCUUCUUAAAAGCUGUGAAGCAGUACUCCUGCAUCACUUUGUACCAGCCAAUUGCACUUUUGCAAAGGAAAUUAGGACUAAGAUGUUGAGUGUUACUUUGCACUGG